AUGCUUAGAAAUAGUUCAUUUACUCCAAUUGAUACAUUACCUAAACAAUCUAGACUUACAAGAUUUAUUAACAAAUUCAAAAGAAAUAAACAUCAACCAAAGACAAAAGAAUUAAUUACAUUAAAUGAUAAUAAAAAAGUAUUUAAAUCUCAUUCAAUUUCAUUCUUUCCAUAUCCAAAAGAAUCAGAACCAAAUAACAAUAUUAAUAUAAUCUUUUCACCGUCUACAUUAGUUGAAAAACCUGCUAAUACAAUAGAUUGUAUACAUGAUGCAAAUGAAAAUACAUCACAAAAUUCAUUACAUUCAUUUUGGAAUUCCAGUUUUUUUAAAGAUUCAACAAGACCACCAAGAAUCUAUAGUGAAUCACAAUUAACGGAAGAUUGA